AUGAGCGCGGACAUCAGCGCCAUCUUGGUAGCGGCCGUCGCGCGGGCGCCAUAUUGGGCUGGUGGGAAGAUGCACCAGGAGUUGGUGCUGCCGUAUUACACAGCGGAUGGCGACCAGGCGCGGGGGCUGAUGAACACGGCCAUGGGGCCACUGCAGCGCCAGCUCCGGGCCGGCGAGUACGAGAUCUUCCAGUACGCCCCCAUAUUCGAGAGCGACUUCAUACAGAUCAGCAAGCGCGGGGAGGUGGUGGACGUGCACAAUCGUGUCCGAGUGGUCACAGUGGGCGUGGCCUGCACCAGCCCCGCCCUCCUGGUGCCCAACGUGCUGCUGCUGGCCCGGCCCGUGGUCCCCUCCGAGGACAGCCGGGGCCGCAGGGGUCCCCCUGUCAAGGCACUAGAGCUCACCAGGCUGCUCCCGCUGCGGUUUGUGAAGCUCUCGGUGCACGACGGCGAGAUGCUGCAGCUGCGGCUGAAGCUGGCCAGCGGCCGCUCGUUCUACCUGCAGCUCUGCCCCCAGGGCGACGCCUAUUACGAGCUCUUCGACAUGUGGGUGCAGAUCAUCAACCUCCUCCGGCCGCCCGCGGACGGGAGCCACGGGGGACAGGCCCUGCCCGGAGACCCCGGGGCUUUCGGGGAACCCCUGUUCAGAGGCAUCAGCCAGGACACCACCGGGAGCCUGGAGUCGCUGGCCCCCGAGGAAGGGGGCCUGGAUGCCUUGAGCGUCUGCAGUUGCCGGACCCCCAGCCCCUCCCGGGAUGACCCAGAGAGCUCAUGCAGCCGCACCCCCCCCAGCCUCAGCCCCUCACUGCCCCACGAGUCGCCCAGCGUGGGGAGGGGGUCGCAGCGGGCCGCAGGCAGGAAGCCCAGCCGGAUCCUGUCGCUGGUGAAGUCUCUGUCCCGCAUCAGCCUGAGCCGCCCCCCCAAGGACAAGAAGAAGAGGCGCUGA